AUAUAUAUAUAAAUAAUUAAAAAUAAAAGUUUUUACACUUUUUAAAAUACAAAAAAAUAAACCAAAGAACUAAUAUAAUCAAAACAUAACAAAAAUGCUCAGAAAAUUAAUUUUUAAAUUAUUAAAUGCAAAAAUAAUCAGAAAAGGUGAUUAAUUUUAAAGUAUGAGUCCUUGGGCUGUAAUAUAAUUUGAUGGUCAAAGAAAAACAACUGAAGAAGUAAAAAAUGGAAAUUUAGAGCCAGAAUUUAACAUUGAAUAUGAGUUUUAAAGAAAUUCAGAUUAUAAAAUAAUUAUAUAAAUAUUCAAAAAGGAAUAUUAUUAUGGACCGUUAAAGAAUCUGUUAGAAAGAGAUAUAUUAAUUGGAUAAGGAAUAUAUAAUGCCAUGCAAAACGCAAAGCAAAAGGGAAGACAGUAAAUUGAAAUAGACUUAUUGUUUGAUUAUGAUAAUAAACUAGCAGGAAAGGUAUACGCUGAAAUACAAUUUGAAAAAACCAGCAAUUCAUAAAAACUAUAGAGAGAACUAGAGGAAAAUCAAAAGCGUAAAAAUCAUAAAGGGCACAUCUAAAUAUCUAAAAUACAAAUAAUUUCUGAAAAAAUACAUGAUUUAUCUUAUUAUGUGAAAAUAAGGAGCGGAGAUACAUUCCAAAAAUCAGACUUUUAAAAAGGAAAGCAAGGACAGAUUUAAUUUUAGAAUUCUUAUAAUAUAUACAUAAGUAAUUAAAAGCUUAUUUAUUUUGAUAUACAAGAAGUACUUUAUGAUGAAGAUAAAUAGGAAGUUUUAGUCGACGAGUUUUUAGGAUUAGCAAUUUUAUAAAUCGAAAAAGCCACAAAAGAAGAAUAAAAUCCUUUAAAAUAAGAAAUAAUUAUAAAAAUAUAGGGAAAAAUUAUAGGGAAGUUAAUAUUUGAAACCUAAUAUAUAUAAUAUCAAUAAAACAAUAAAGCAAAUAAUAACAUAUAAAUAUUAUUAAAAAACAAGCUAACAAAAGAGGAUUUAUAGAAACAAUUAGAAUAAAUGUAAAAAUAAAGUAAAUAUUGGAUAUCUCCCGAAAGACAGGAAUUAUAAGAAUUGCUAAAAAAAAAAUAACUACUCGAAAAAAGAAAAAUGAAUAUGAGAUCAUUUACACAUUUAGAAAAAGCAAACUAAUCUAGCUCUAUUUUUUCAAAAAUAAACUAAUAGUUAUUACUUGAAAAAAAAGAUAUUGUACUAGAUACUAUCCCUGUAAAACUUCCUUAUGUAACUACUAAUAAUCAUCUAUUAGUCCCUGUUUUGUAUUCAAAAGAAUAUUUCAGAAAUGUUCAUGGAACUGGAUUUUCAACUAUUGAAAGUUCCACUUCUCUUAAAAUGAGUGUACCUAAAUAUUCUAUUCCUGAAUAACAAAGGUUCAAAGAAAAUAUUGAAUAAUCUCCAGGUCCUGGUGAUUAUGGUGGAAACGGGAUUGCUGAAGAUAAAUUUCUUGACGCUAAAUUCAAAAUAAAAACAGCACUUAGUGAUGUUAGGUAAACAAAAAUUGAAAGAAAACCAAGGGAAGCGGUUGAUACAGGGCUAAAGAAAAAAAAAUGAUUUUUUCUUUAAGAAUACUUAGUUUUAG